UUCUAGAAUGCCGUAGUAUUUCUACGUGGAAAACGUACGUGUGUGCCCAGUCGAAAAUUUCGUAGUAUGCACGCAUCGUUCGUUGUCGCGUCAUUAUUUCUCGAAGAAUGGAAGGUGAAGUGAGGAUUAUUGUAAAAUGGAGCGGAAAGGAAUACUCGAUCGCGGAUAUGCAAGAGGAGGACACCGUUCUAGCUCUAAAAGAGCGCAUACACAAGGAAACCGGUGUCCUUCCCGAACGUCAAAAGUUGCUGAACCUCAAAUUCAAAGGCAAAGCAGCUCAAGAUGAGGACAUCAUAGGUAAAUUGGGCCUCAGGCCUGGAUUCAAGCUAAUGCUGAUGGGCUCUCGUGAAGAGGACAUCGCGGAAGUAAGUCAAGCGCCGAAAGAUAUGCCUGACGUAGUUAAUGAUUUAGAUAUCGAAGAAGAGGAGGUUGAGAUCGAGAAUGCAGAGGUGUAUCUCUGGAAAAUCCAAAAGAGGAUCAAUCAAUAUACGAUUGUAGAAUUAAAUCCACUCAGAGAAGGAAAGAAACUUCUUGUGCUGGAUAUAGAUUACACUUUGUUCGAUCACAGAUCGACAGCAGAAAGUGGCGUGGAACUAAUGCGUCCUUAUCUUCAUGAAUUCCUAAUGCAGGCUUACAAAGAUUACGACAUAGUAAUUUGGUCUGCUACUAGCAUGAGGUGGAUCAAUGAAAAGAUGAAGUUACUAGGAGUAUCCAACCACCCGUAUUACAAAAUAGCAUUUCACCUUGAUUCCUUAGCUAUGAUCUCUGUUCAUACCCCCAAACAUGGUUUGGUUGGGGUGAAACCCCUUGGUAUUAUAUGGGGAAAGUAUAAACAAUUCUCGGCGAAAAACACGAUAAUGUUCGACGAUAUCAGGAGGAAUUUUAUCAUGAAUCCACAGUCUGGAUUGAGAAUAAAACCUUUCAGGCACGCGCACAUUACCAGGAGUAAAGACAGGGAGUUGUUAAAAUUAUCGGAAUAUUUAAAAUUAAUAGCCAAAGUCGAGGAUUUUCAGACUCUCAACCAUAGAAAGUGGGAGGAAUACAAAGCAAAGAAAGCCAAACAGGAAAAGAAGAACGAGACGAAUACCGACGAGUAAAGUUCUUAAGAAUGUUAAAGACUUGUUGAAUUUUAUCAAUCUUCCCACUAUCACAGAAAAUAUUUAGAUUUCACCCUUAAUUAGUGGUCGACACGAGACGAAAACAAACGUUCUACAUUCUGUAUAAAGAAGAACAUGUAAAAAGAUAACAUCUUUUAAGUAUUCUUCCAUGGAUGAUAAUAUACGAUAAUAUUCCCGAUAACGUUAAUUAAUCGUUAUUCACAGUGCUUAAAAAUUUCAUGUUACACCGCAUAAAUUCGCAUAUUUUCACACGCAUAUUUGUAUUUAUGACGUACUUAUGAAUUAUAUAAAACGUGUACAAACUAUGUAAUCAAAAAUUAUCUAAA